AUGAAAGCACACGUGAAAACGCAUUCAUGUUUACGUGUAUGCAAAUGUUUUCAAAACGUAGCGAUUUUGUUACCAUCUAUUUGUGAAACAUACAGUUACAAGAAAACAUUUAUUCGAACAUUUUCGCCAGUUCUCGCAAUUCUUUUAUUCAUACCUCAAAUUUUGAUACUGUCUCCGACACUGUUUCUGCUGAAAAACAGCGCCGUACAAGCUUGUCACGAUGACGUUACUCCAAAUGAUUCCAUUCAUUUCCUUGGAUGUAUCGAUAUUUGCAUAUUUGCAGCACGCAUAAAUUCAUUACAUGGGGUAUGCUUUUUUGAAUUACAAAGUGGAAUUUUCUCGAAUUUUACUAAAUUUCCUUGGAGACAUCCAUUUAUUCGCCAAAAAGUGAAUGAUAGUAACGAACUGAGCGAUGAAAUGAACAAAAAUGACAUUGAUCUAUUGAUAAAAUCGAUAAUUUCGGAAAUUAUCGUUUCAUAA